AUGGAUGCUCCUCUUAAUGACGAUCCCGUUGUUAUCAUCGGCCUCUCAGUUCGCUUCCCUCAAGACGCUUCAAGCCCCAAAGGUCUAUGGGAAUUGUUAUGCGAUGGGCGCUCGGCUCUUACACCAACUCCCAAAAACCGAUAUAAUGUCGACGCAUUCUAUCACCCAAACGCCGAUCACGGCGGUACCGUGAACUUUCGAGGUGGUCAUUACCUACAGCAGGAUAUAUCAGCUUUUGAUGCCCCUUUCUUCUCAAUCUCCCCCGAUGAAGCAAAGACGAUGGAUCCGCAGCAGCGGUUGCUGCUCGAGGUCGUCUAUGAAGGCUUUGAGAAUGCGGGCAUUCCCAUGAGCAAGUAUGUGUCUUCGCGUACAGCGUGUUAUGUCGGCGCUUUUACUCGCGACUACGAAGGACUCUUGGGUCGAGACCCGGAGAAUCUUUCGGCAUAUCAGGCAACGGGCAAUGGAAUGGCGAUGCUUUCCAACAGAGUCAGCUGGUUUUAUGAUCUCAAGGGUCCCAGCAUGAGUCUCGAUACGGCGUGUUCGAGCAGCUUGACAGCUUUCCAUCUAGCUUGCCGAAGCCUGCAACAUGAGGAAGCAGAAAUGGCAGUCGUAGCAGGGUCCAAUCUCUUCUACAAUCCCGACCAGAUGGUUCCCUCAACAGCCAUGCGCUUCCUUUCCCCCGAUAGCAAGUGCUACUCUUUUGAUCACCGCGCAAAUGGCUACGCUCGAGGCGAAGGGCUUGGGGCGGUGAUUAUAAAAAGGCUCUCCGCUGCCAUCCGUGACGGCGACACAAUUCGCGCCGUGGUGCGAGGGACAGGCGUCAACCAAGAUGGUCGCACACCAGGCAUUACACUUCCAAGUCAAGAAGCGCAAAGGGCCUUGAUUAGAGAAACAUAUGCUAAAGCUGGGCUCGAGCUGGGGCAAACCAGAUACUUUGAAGCACAUGGUACAGGCACAGCGGCCGGUGACCCUCUGGAAGCUGGAGCCAUAGCAGCGACUUUUGCUGAGGCGAGAACAAAGGAUGACGGCGAACCACUCAUCGUCGGGGCAAUCAAAUCCAACAUCGGGCAUCUUGAAGGUUCAAGUGGUUUAGCUGGGCUGAUCAAGACCAUUAUGGUGUUGGAGACUGGCAAUAUCCCUCCUAACAUUUGGAUGGAGAAAAUCAACCCGAAGAUUCCAGCAAAGCAAUGGAAACUCAAGUUUCCCACGUCCAAUACCCCGUGGCCAUGCAGCGGAUUGAGGCGGGCCUCGAUCAAUUCUUUCGGCUACGGAGGCAGCAACUCUCAUGUCAUUCUUGACGAUGCAUACCACUAUCUGCAGCAGCACAGGCUCGAAUGUCGGCACAACACAGUUGCAAAUCCCGGUGGCCCAUUGAAUGGGAUCAACGGAACGCAUACAAACGGCGACUUGCACAAUGGCACUGCUGUGAAUGGUACGGACUUCUCCUCUGCGAACCUAUUCUUGUGGUCUGCCUCGGAUCAAAAGGGAAUAGAACGAGUGGUGAAGGAAUACUCGAAAUUCCUUCGGGACGACGCCGACAAACAACGAGAGACAUCGUUUCUGGAGAGGCUUGCCUACACCCUCUCUACCAAGAGAACAUCCCUGCCUUGGAAGUCUUUCGCGGUGGCAAGUUCAGUUGAUGAACUCGUCCAGGAAAUGGACAGCUCUCUACCAAAGCCCAUUCGCUCUAGUCAAGAGCCCAAUGUUGGAUUUAUAUUCACGGGCCAGGGAGCUGAGUGGCAAGGCAUGGGAAGAGCUCUGUACUCGAGAUAUCCCAUCUUUGCAGACAGCUUAAGGGCAGCUGAUGUUUACUUGCGAGAAUCUCUAGGCGCCACGUGGUUCCUGUUAGACACAUUCCUGGAUGACGAAAACACAACUAGGAUUCACGAUCCGGCCAUUAGCCAACCUCUUUCCACGGCUUUGCAAGUGGCGCUCGUGGCGCUGCUUUCGAGCUGGGGAUUGGCGCCGUCGAGGGUCGUCGGUCAUUCGUCUGGAGAGAUAGCUGCAGCGUUCUCAGCAGGCGUUAUCAGCAGAGAGUGUGCCUGGGGCAUAGCCUAUUACCGUGGUGAAGUGGUGUCUUCCGAGGGCAUAACAAACACUGGCGCAAUGAUGGCGGUCGGAGCAUCUGAACAAGUGACGCUUCAGUACAUCACAAGACUCGAAGAAAGCAACAAGAUACUCGUCGUCGCAUGCGUAAAUAGCCCUACCAAUGUCACGGUUUCGGGGGACGAGGACAUGGUUGACAAGCUGAAGCUUCUCCUCGAUGAAGAGGGCAUCUUCUCCCGCAAGCUUCAAGUCAAGGCUGCGUAUCACUCUCCAUACAUGAACAGAGCCGAAGAGGCAUACAGGGCCAAACUCGAAACCCUCGACUUUGCAUCGUCCGGCCAGGGGAACAAGAUCGACAUGUUUUCGUCGGUCACGGGGACCAUUGCCGACAAGGCGUCCGUUGCGACACCGGAUUACUGGGUGUCCAAUCUGGUCUCCCCAGUCCUGUUUCAUCACUCGUCUCGGGCCAUGUGCACGCAGCGGCCGACGAAGAAGGGAAUCACGAUUGGCAGCCAAGAUAGCCCCUUGGAUAUCCUCGUCGAGGUUGGGCCACACUCGGCGCUACAAGGACCGACGAAGCAGACAAUGGCUGCAGAGAGCAGCUGUAAGGGUAUGCAGUAUUUCUCGAUGCUAUCUCGGAGCAGGUCAGCGGUAGAAACUGCGUUGCAGUUGGCGGGAAACCUUUACAAGCACGGCUCGAAACUGGAUUUCCAAUUCAUCAACAAUCCUGGCUCUCAGGAAAUGCUUGUUGACUUACCAAGCUACGCGUGGAAUCAUGAGAACAAGUACUGGUGCGAGAGCCGUAUGAGCAAGGGGUUUCGGUUCCGAAAAUUCCCACGUCACGAUAUCCUUGGUGCGCCCGUCUCCGAUUGGAAUCCUCUCGAGCCUCAAUGGCGGAAUGUCCUCAGGGUCUCUGAGAAUCCUUGGCUUGUGGACCAUGUGAUAGCGGACGUGGUGCUUUAUCCAGCUGCGGCAUCUCUCGUCAUGGCCAUCGAAGCAUCGCGUCAACUUGCUGAUGUUACUCGGACAAUAUCUGGCUACCAGUUACGCGAGAUAACUCUUCAUCAAGCUCUGGCAAUACCUAAAACAGCCGACGGCGUGGAGACAAUGUUCUGUAUGCGGCCACACGGUGAUAACAGCUUCGGAGGCUCUGCUACAUGGAAUGAGUUCCACGUAUAUUCUUACAGCGAAGAAUAUGAAUGGCGUGAGCAUUGCCGUGGACUCGUCUCCGUUGAGUACGAGACCCAGCCGACGGAUUCCCUUGGUAAAGAAAGCGAAGCUGAAGCUGAGGCGCGGGAGCUCCGAGAGCUCGUCAAAGGCGCAGAGACUCGUUGCCAGAAAGAGCUGGGUCGGAAACAGAUGUACGAUCACUACGAAUCCAUUGGGCUGCAGUACGGUCCGACGUUCAGGGCGAUCCACAACAUCAGAUACACUGACAAAGACAAUGAAGCCAUUGGAAACAUUAAGAACCCAGAUUUAAAGGCAAUCAUGCCAAACGGGUACUUUCACCAGCCCGUGAUCCACCCAAUUACACUGGACAACUUACUGCAACUAUUGCUUCCUGCCAUGGGGCGUGGCAUUGCAAGUUUGGACGAGCCCAUCAUACCAACUCUCAUCGGGAAGCUUUGGGUCUCAGCUUCAAUAUCUACCGAGGCAGACUACAGCUUCGCGGGCUAUGGUAACGCAAGGUGGAUGAGUGCCCGAGAGGCCAGAGGCUGGGGUGUUCUCAUGGACGAAGCUCGCCAAUCGCCUCAGGUUAUCCUCAGAGACUCUGUCUCGAAAGUUGUGCACUCUGCGGACUUUUCCACGGCACCCCAAGCGACACAAAACAGACAAGUUGGUUCCUUCAACAUUGCAUGGCAGCCAGACGUAGACUUUGUUGACACGAAACAUCUUAUUCGACUGUCGGGAGACGCAGAACAGAAAGACUGGACAACUGAAACGCAUGACCUGGAGUUGUUGGGCAUCAGCUUCAUCAAGGAGGCGCUUGCCGCCUUGGAGCAGGACUCGAGCAUAAAUCUGCCGCCACACUUGGAGAAAUACGUCAGCUGGAUGAGAUUCCAGGUGGAGAGAUUUGGACAGGGUAAAGAGCAAGAGGUUGACCGAGCCGCACUAGAAGAAAAGGUUGAAGCGUCCUCAGUGGACGGUCAAGCCAUGACGAGGAUUGGUCGAAACCUGGGCCGGAUCCUGAAGCAAGAAACUGGUUUCCUGGAGCUGUUGGCCGAAGAUCAGCUUCUAGACCGGUUUUACGAGUUCGCCAUUGGUAGCGAGACACUUCAUCAACACCUUGCCACCUACUUGGACACGGCCGCCUUUAAGAAUCCAGACAUGAAUAUCCUCGAGAUUGGAGCUGGCACUGGCUCUGCCACCAAGACCAUCCUCAACGCACUUAGCAGCGACGGAAUGGUGAGGAUUGCCAGGUACAUGUACACGGAUAUAUCGGGCGGCUUCUUCGACAAGGCGAAAGAGAAGUUCCAAGACUGGAUCGACAUCAUGACAUACAAGACUCUCAACAUCGAGAACGACCCAGUGGAGCAAGGUUUUGAGCUCAACAAGUACGAUGUGGUUGUCGCGUCUCACGUUUUGCAUGCCACCGCGCGACUGGACGUCACAUUGGAAAACACCAAAAAGUUGCUGAAACCGGGCGGUAAGCUCAUCUUGGUGGAAAUCACGAACCAGGACCUCUUACGCUCGCCGUUUCUCUUCGGCCUGCUUCCAGGGUGGUGGCUGUCCAAAGAGAAGAACAGGAAAUGGGGACCGACCAUUACUGCGGACGAGUGGAAUAAUUUGCUCCAGCGCCACGGGUUUGAGGCCUGCGACCAUAUUAUCAAGGACAUGGAAGAUCCUAUUCUUCACCAGGCUAGUAUUCUGAUCAGUACCUAUAUGCCUGACAGUCAAGUCUCCGGAACAGAUGUCGUAGUGGUCACAUCCCCUGGCAACUCGCAGGAGGCCCUCGCAUCAGAAGUUCAAGAUAGGCUGCAGAAGCAGGGGCAAACAGUCACUAUCUUGCCUUUCACAUCGAUUAGGGAGCAUGACAUUGCUAGGAAACCAGUCAUAUGUGUUGCUGAGCUCCAUGACACCAUGCUUCAUAAGCUCAAAGAGGAUGAAUAUGCAGACCUGCAACACAUGAUUGCGGUUGCUUCAGCUAUAGUCUGGGUCACGAAAGGAGGCACCUUUGAGACGGAAAACCCGCUGUCUGCACUGUCAAAUGGCUUUGGACGCAAUGUCAGGGCUGAGCGCGAAGGGUACCGGUUUGUCAGGCUUGACUUGGAGGAGGAUGUGACCACGGAGUCGGCAGCGGAUUCAAUCACCAAAGUGUACAUACGCCUCUCAACGUCGCCUGCAAUCACCGAGAAUGAGUAUGCGGUCAAGGACGGAAACCUCUUCAUCUCCAGACUGGUUCACGACGAUCAAUUUGCUGAGACCUUCACCUCCUUGUACGCGAAGCCGGAGACUCAGCCUCUCCCAUUUAGCAAGGGUGACCGAGCUCUGAAAUUGGACAUUUCGUCUCCGGGAACACUGAGUACCUUUCACUUCAAAGACGAUGAUGUAUAUGGCUUUGAACUUGGCCCCAAUGAGAUAGAGGUCAAAGUCAAAGCUGUAGGACUCAACUUCAAGGACGUGAUGAUCGCGAUGGGCCAGCUUAGCGAUACUUGGCUGGGCAAUGAAUGCUCGGGUGUCAUAACCAGGGUUGGCAAAGAUGUGAGUGACUUCACGGUUGGAGAUAGGGUCUGCAGCGUCGGUGUUGGAACAUUCCGAACUUUCUACAGGGACGAUGCUCGCUUGUUCCAGAGGAUUCCGGAGCAUAUGAGCUUUGUGGAAGCCGCCGCAUUGCCGCUCGUCUACUGGACAGCGUACUACUCCCUAUUCGAGCUGGCUAGGUUGAAAAAGGGCGAGAGUGUGCUGAUCCACGCUGCCGCGGGAGGCGUUGGCCAAGCGGCCAUUGUGCUUUCUCAGCUCAUUGGCGCGGAAAUCUUUGUCACUGUCGGCACGGCGGAAAAGAAACAUUUCUUGAUGGAGACGUACAAUAUCAGAGAAGACCGCAUCUUCUCGAGUCGAGACCUUUCCUUUGCCAAAGGAGUCAUGCGAUUGACGAACCAACGUGGCGUUGACGUUCUUCUCAAUUCUCUAUCUGGAGAAGCACUUCGGCAGUCAUGGGAACUCAUGGCUCCAUCGGGUCGAUUCGUCGAGAUUGGCAGGCGAGAUAUUGAUCUGAACAGGCGUCUUGAGAUGAGUGUGUUCGCUAGAGGCGCUACCUUUUCAUCUGUCGCCGUGGUCCUCAAGGACAAUCGCGACAUGGUCGGUCGAAUCUUGAGAGAGAUUAUGGAUCUGGCAAAGGAGAAGAAGAUUUCUCCUGCAAAACCCUUGAAUCUCUUUUCAUAUUCGAAAAUGGAGGCGGCUUUCCGAUUCAUGCAGGCGGCCAAGCACAUCGGGAAGAUUAUCCUUGAACCUCAUGACGGCGACGUCGUACCGGCACUCCCUCCGAUGAAGAUACCACGAUACUUUGAUGAGAAUGCAUCCUACUUGAUCUCAGGUGGCCUUGGAGGCCUUGCUCGGAGCAUGGUGAGAUGGAUGGUUGACAAGAACUUGAAGAAUGUGAUUCUAUGCUCGCGAUCAGGACCAAACAGUGACAAGGGCAAAGCGAUGGCAAAGGAGCUGCGGGAGAGAGGCGUGAAUGCAGCUAUUUAUGCUUGUGAUGUGAGCAACGCCACUGAACUUGCUGCGGUGUUGGAGGAUUGCGCACGGAAGAUGCCACCAAUCAAAGGGUGCAUACAAUCAGCCAUGGUGUUACGAGACUCGACUUUCGAAAACAUGUCGUACGAUGACUUUAAAGAGCCCCUUCGCAGCAAAGUUCCAGGCACCUGGAAUCUCCACAGCAUGCUGCCGGACUCGCUAGAUUUCUUCGUCAUCCUGUCUUCCUCAUCUGGCAUCAACGGAACUCGUGGCCAGGCGAACUAUGCUGCAGGCAACACGUUCCAAGAUGCAGUGGCACACCAUCGAGUUAGCCAAGGUCAACACGCCAUCGCCAUCGACCUCGGGUUUGUCCUCUCUGUUGGAUACGUGGCCGAGGGUGGCAAUGCCGAGAUUGACAACAACCUAAGCGCAUGGGGAUUCAUGGGCAUUCGCGAAGAGGAGUUCCUCGCCAUCAUAGAGUACUGCGUCAACCCCAGCACACCUCGUCCGACUCCCAUAACGUGCCAAGUAGUCACCGGCAUCGAAAAUCCCGCCUUGAUGCGCGCCAAGGGUCUCGAGAAGCCGUACUACUUCAAGGAUCCGUUCUUCAGCCACCUUCAGAUCGCCAACAGGGAGGAGAACUCGGCUGCGCUGGGCGGCGACGACCAAGAGCGCGAACUGACUGCGCAGACCAUCGCCGCUCUACGCUCGGCGAAAUCUCUCGAUGAGGCGGCUGGACUGAUCCGGGUCGCUUUUGUGGCUAAGCUGUGCAAGGUUCUGAGCAUCAAUCCAGAUGAUCUUGAUGUGAACAAGCCGCUGUACACGUAUGGAGUGGACUCGCUGGUGGCGGUGGUGAUUAGGUAUUGGUUGUUCCGGGACUAUCACGCAGAUGUGCCGGUGUUUGACAUUAUGGGAGGAAGUACCAUUACGGGUUUGAGCUUGAAGAUUGCAGCCAAGACAAAGUUUGUGGACAAGUCUUUGAUCGAGUUGGAUGAACAAGAGGCGGAAGACUAG